UGGGAAAGGCAAGAUUAACGGCCCAUGACAGGGGAAUUUGAUCACAAGGGUCGAUGUGGUCACUUCCUUUCCCAGCUGCCAACUCCCAUUACCUUAGCACUCACUGCACUUUCGCCCCUGUUGCUACAUUGCACUCCGAACUACCUACGUUUGGCUUGCUUUCCCAUUCCUUUUCUUCCUCUCCUUCUUACCUUUCUCUGGAAAAACGACAAUGACCAAAUAAACAUACGAGACUUGCCCCUCCACAUUAUUUGCUUCACCCGUCGCUGCAACCAUGAACGGCCACUUUGCUGCUGUCGGCGAAGAGCCGGAUGCCCAGAACUAUGAGCAUGGCAUCCAGGUCAUUGACGAUCAGAAGGACUUCAACUCCCAUGUCGCAACAUACUUGCAAAAAGUGCGCGUCGCCGAGGCGGGGUUCAACUACCACCUCAUCUCCGUCUUCGGCUCCCAAUCCACCGGCAAGUCGACGCUGUUAAACAACCUCUUUGGUACCGACUUCUCCGUCAUGUCCGAGACGAUGCGCCAGCAGACCACCAAGGGAAUAUGGAUGUCAAAGAACAAGAAGGAAGCCGGCAUGGCCGAGAACAUCAUCGUUAUGGAUGUUGAGGGAACUGAUGGUCGUGAGCGUGGCGAGGACCAGGAUUUCGAGAGGAAGAGCGCCCUUUUCGCCCUGGCAACCAGUGAGGUCCUGAUCGUCAACCUCUGGGAGACACAGGUCGGUCUGUACAAUGGUGCCAACAUGGGUCUGCUCAAGACCGUUUUCGAGGUCAACCUGCAGCUCUUCCUCAAGGACAAGCAAUCGAGCUUGAGAUCGCUACUCUUCUUCGUUAUCCGAGACCACCUUGGCACGACGCCCCUUGCGAACCUGCGCAACACCCUAGUCCAGGACCUGACCAAGAUCUGGUCCUCCAUCUCCAAGCCGCAGGGCCUCGAAAACUCGCGCAUUGAGGACUACUUCGACUUCGCCUUUGCUGCCCUCCCCCACAAGAUCCUGCAGGCCGAUAAGUUCACUACCGAGAUCCAGAACCUGGGGAGGAGGUUCACUGCGGGGCACCGCACGAGUGGGGCCAGUACUCAGGAGUUCGAUGGCGGUGUGUUCCUCCCCGAGUACCACCGACGCAUUCCCGCCGACGGUUUUUCGCUCUAUGCCGAGGGCAUUUGGGAUCAGAUUGUCAACAACAAGGAUCUGGAUUUGCCGACACAGCAGGAGCUGCUUGCGCAAUUCCGUUGCGACGAGAUUUCGAGGGAGGUCCUGAUCGGAUUCGAUAAUGCCGUCGUACCGCUCGAGGAGAAGCAGUCCGAGUCUGCCAGAGCCGGCAAGCCCGCGGUACUGGCCGAUCUGGGUGUGACGGGACGUGAGUCUCGUGAGAAGUGUCUCAAGGCAUUCGAGAUUCAAGCCAGCAGAUAUCACAAGGGUGUCUACACGCGCAAGCGCCAAGACUUGGAAGCUAAAAUCGACGGUCGCCUUAAGACGCUCUAUAACGCGCAACUGUCUGCUGCUCACAAGGCUGCCAUUGCCUCGUUUAGUGAGCACGUUUCGGGUGCUGUCAAGGCUGGCCAGAAGUCCGGCGCGGCUUACGAGUUUGCUGAGAUUGUUACCGAAGAAAAGAAGAAGACGCUCGAGUUCUUCAAGACUGAGGCUGAGAGCCUCGCCAUCCCUGGCAUUGCUUGGUCAAACUUCAAGUCACAGUAUGUGCUGUUUGAGAAAGAGCUGGACGAUGUGAGCGGUAAGCUGCGCAAGGAAGAGAUGCGCCGGUUGGCCACGAGGGUGGAGCGAUGGGUCAAGUCCCGUUUGGGCGAUGCGAUUGGCCUCGAAUUCAACAAGCUCGGCUCAGGUAGAGCUGGGUCCGGUGCCCCCGAGACUGGCGAGAAGCCUGCGGAGAAGGAUCUCUGGGACCGCAUCUGGACCGUAUUUGUCGAUAUCGUCAAAGACGCACAGGGCAGGUUCACCGACCGUGCCAAGAGCUUUGAAGCCACCCAGGAUGAGGUUGAGGUUGGCCUCUGGCGCCUCAGGCGCAAGAGUUGGGUUGCUCUGCGCGAGAAGAUCGAGGAAGAGGUCAUGGAGGGCAACAUUUUGUUGAAGCUGAGAGAAAACUUUGAGGAUAAGUUCAGAUAUGACGAGGCCGGCGUGCCGAGAAUCUGGAGACCUACCGACGACAUUGAGGGCAUCUACACCAAGGCCAGAGAGUCGACGCUGACGCUCAUCCCCUUGUUGUCGAAAUUCAAGCUUUCGGAGAGCUACGGGCCUCCCGAGUUGCCUGCCUGGAUCGGAAACCAACCCCGUGGAGUUGAGCCUAGCGAUGAGGAGGACUUGACGCCGAUUGGUGGUGUCGAUGAGGAGGAUGGCAAGAGCCUCGAGGAGGAGAUGACUGUUCUCAGCGAGAGCAAACGUCAAGACCUCGUUAUCCGGUUCAAGAAGACUGCGGAUGGUGUCUACGUCGAGGCUAAGCGCAGUGCCAUUGGCGGUGUCGCACAGGUACCCCUGUACUUCUACGCCCUCCUGGUGGCUCUGGGAUGGAAUGAGAUUGUUGCUGUCCUGCGCAACCCGUUCCUCUUUGUCUUCCUCAUCUUACUCGCCGGAGGUACCUACGUCGCCUACACGCUCAACAUGCUCGGUCCCAUGUACCAGAUGGCCAACGCGGCCGCCAACCAGGGCGUCGAGAUUGGCAAGGCGAAGCUGCGCGAGUUCAUUGAGAACUCGGACACGGCGCGAAACGCGCUGGCCAUGCCCGCUCGUGAUAGCGACUCCAUCAGCAUGGACACGCUCGAUAGCCGGGGCAAGAAGAAGAGCGCCGAGGAUGAUAUUGAUGACAUUUAGACUUUGUCUUUCUCGCGCGCGAGCGCGGUUUUGUGUGUUUAGGUUAAGGUAGUCCGUGACAGCUAAAAAAUGAUGCUGCGUUCCAGACGCCCGAUAGAGCGAGGGAAGAUGGGGUUUUAUGAAUAGGGAGGCAAAGGAUAUAAUGUCUAUAAGAUACGUUUUUGAGUUAUGAUGUAUUGAGUGACCCGUGAGACUAUGUCACCAUGGACUUGCUCGUAAGACGUAGUCAAUCUUCAGUAAGACUUUCACAUGAGAGGAUUUGAGGCAAUGUGAUGGCACGAAGUAAGUUGCGCGUCCACAGCUUUUGCUUUCACCAUGUACGUUCCCAAAAUGCACUUUUUGCAAUGGCAAGUUAUCACGAAGAUGG